AUGACGCGGACGAGGGCCACAACGCGCCGCGACGGGCGGGCGUCCCCGCCAGAGCGCGACCAUCGCCCGCGCGACGGCCGCGGCGUCGCAUCGCGCGCCGCCGUCUCCGCCGUCCUCCUCCUCCUCCUCCUCCCGCGCGAGAUGGACUACGCGGCGCCCGCGGGCGAGGCGAUGACGUCGGAGGACGCGCCGAGGACGACGACGACGACGACGACGACGAGGACUUCGACUUGGACGACUUCGACGUCGACGUCGUCGUCGUCGUCGUCCUCCUCCGAGCGACCGCCGGAGUGGUCCACGUCCCCGCCCGACCGCGCGAACUCGGGCGAGGUCAUCGGCAGACUCCUGCGCGUCAUGCGCGAGAGGAACUACGCGCUCACGGAGGAGGAGCGCGCCAUCGUGCGGACGUGGCAGUCCGCGACGCAGCUUCGAGCCAUCGUCGCGGGGUACCUCAGCUACAGCGCGUUCGCGUCGUGCUGGCAACGAUUCGUCGAGCCGUCUCUCGCGAAGAGGAAAAGCCCAACGAGCGUGUUCGUCGCGGCGUCGCGCGUCGGCGGCGCGGCCGCCGUUGGCGCGUACGCCGCGUUCGCGGUGGUCAAGAUCCAAACCCGCGAGAUCGUGCGACAGCUGUGCGUCGUCGGCGAGGAGGACUCGAACCUCGGCGGCGAGGUGCGCGCCAUCGUGAAGGAGCUCGCGCCGCUGGAUCCGUACGUGAACGGCGGCGCGCACAACGGGGGUGGCUUGAUGACGUGGCCGUUCGCGAUGGGGGGGGGGGCGGGAUCGCGCGCGGGAGGAGGGAGGAGGACGCGGGAGGCGGCGGCGGCGGCGGCGGCGAAGACGUCCGCGGCGAACGACGACCACGAAGACGACGCACAGCUGUCAUUCUCCGGCGCGUCCGCGUCCGCGAGGCGCGUCCCGGAGCGCGCUGUACCGCCCGCGCGUUUCCGCGGCGGCGACGACCGCGACGGUUCAUCUUCCACCUCAGCAGCGCCGUUUCGCGCGCUCGGGGGCGUCUUCGGCGGGUCCCGCGGCGUCGACGCGUGGGGGCUCGAGAGCGACGCGGCGUCAGAGGACGCGGCGCGUCGAGCGGCGGAGAAGCGCGCCAAGUACAGGGGCGUCGGGAACAGCGCGAGCCGCGCGAGAGAGGACAUCGAGCGGAGGAAGCUUCAGACGCGUUUGGAGCAUCGCGCGCGAAUCGCGGCGAGUCGACGCGCCGUGGACGGCGAAAGGGGAGAGGGCGCGUUCGCGAGGAGCGGUAGCGCUCGAGACGCGCUCGACGAGACGCGCUCGCGUCGUGACCCCGCGGGCGUCCCUCGCCGCGGCGUGCGAAGGACCGCGUACGGGGACGAGAUGGACAGGUGA